AAGUACCAGACUCAUAUUUGCAACACACUAAAACAGCACCUGUUUCCUGCUCGAUGCUGGCCACAAAAACCCUAAUUUAAUCCUCAUCGAUUGGCGAUGUGCGGCACCCACUAAUCCCUUCACCAUUCCGGUUAUUCUUUUCUCUGAUACAUGCGUGGAGUCGGAGAAAAUCGCACUUUCCCGAAGAAAACCCUAGAAAUUUAUCACCAUUUCCCCCCUAAACCAAUAUCAACUGUAGCAAUAACAUCAUGGCCAUGCCCAAUGAACUAGCGCAAAAGCAACUGCCGUCGAUAUCCGAGCGGUUCAAGGCUUUAUUGAAGCAACGGGAAGAUGAACUAAGGGUUUCCGGAUGUGUCGCCGAUGACGAUUUAGGGGCAACGCUGACCACGGAGGAGAUUUUGCAGCUGUACGAGAUUGUGUUAUCGGAACUUACUUUCAAUUCAAAGCCGAUAAUUACUGAUCUCACGAUCAUUGCCGGUGAACAGCGAGAGCACGGCGAAGGCAUUGCCGAUGCUAUUUGCUCCCGAAUUAUUGAGGUUCCAGUAGAGCAGAAACUUCCUUCUUUAUAUCUAUUAGAUAGCAUUGUGAAAAAUAUUGGCCGAGAAUAUGUUAGGUAUUUCUCUUCCCGUUUGCCAGAGGUAUUUUGUGAGGCAUACAGGCAAGUUAAUCCUAACAUGCAUCCUGCAAUGCGUCAUUUAUUUGGUACGUGGUCUACUGUGUUUUCGCCUGAUGUCCUCCGUGAAAUCGAGAUGCAGUUACAAUUUGCUCAACCUGCAAGCCAAAAAUCGUCUACUGUAACUUCCCUGCAGACUUCCGAAUCGCCUCGUCCAGCACAUGGCAUACAUGUUAAUCCUAAGUACUUGCGGCAGUUUGAACAACAGUCAGGUGAAGAGAGUAAUACUCAGCAUGUAAGAAGCAUGUCUUCCGGUCAAAAAUUGUAUGGUCAAAAACAUAACAUUGGAUACGAUGAAUUUGAUUCUGAUCAUACUGUGGUUCCAUCCUCACAUAUUGGUGUACAAAGAUUGAGCUCAACUGGAAAUGUUGGGCGUACUUCUGUUGCAAUUGGGGCUAAGAAGCCACAACUUUCUUCAGCUUCCAGAGUUUCAAGACCCUUCUCAUCAUCAACGACUGGAUCUGAUAGACUAAUAUCAUCAGAAGUUGAUGAUCUGCCAUCAGAUGAUUCUCCUAGAAGGUUUGCUGAGAUAGCGUCUCCAUUUCGGCCUGGCUUUGAUUUUGGAUGUAGAAGAGGAACCAUCAGAGAUGAUGAAACAAGAGAGUGGAAGAAGAAGCACUUGUAUGGAGAUUACCGUAAUUCUUCUGAAAGCUCUUUGAAUGCAUACAAGCUUAGUAAUGGAAAUGAGCGCCAAACACUCAGGGCUUUAAUAGAUGCAUAUGGUAAUGAUAGAGGACAAGGAAUGCCUAACAGGAAGCCUAUACAUGUUGAGCGGUUGGAUGUAAAUGGAUUGGGAAAUAAGGUGACUCCAAGAUCAUGGCAGAAUACUGAAGAGGAAGAGUUUGAUUGGGAAGAUAUGAGCCCAACAUUAACAGCUCGAAGGAGCAAUGAAUUUUCAGUGUCAUCUGUUCCCGCUUUUGGAAGCAUCGGAGCAAGACCUGCCGGAAUAGAGUCUAAUAGUAGGAGCAGUCGCACCCUUGUUGAUGAUUCUUCAGCAAUUCCUGAAGAUGCAGUUUCUUCCCUGAGUUCUGGUCGUGGAUUAAAUACGAUUCAACAUUCGCGUUAUCCUCAGGAUGCUUGGAGUUCCUCAUACUCUUUUUCCCAGUCAUCGCAUCCCCUUCAUGCCAAAGGAAGAGGAAGGGAUUUCCAAAUGCCCUUUUCAGCUAGUGGAUCUGCUUCUUCUAGCCUUGAUGUUGUUAUUGUUGGAGCCCAGCCGACCAUUUUACCAAUGACAAGUGGGGUUUGGCCCCCAGUAGAUGUUCAUAAGUCUCAGCAACCGACUGUGCACUCUAACUAUUCAUUGCAGCAGCAUGGCAGGAGUCAUUUUGAUUCACUGAAUCCUAUCAAUGCUGCCUUGAAUCAGGGUCAAAACGAACAUCCAUAUAUGCCUGAACAGUUUGAUGGUCUUGAAAGGAAAGAUCAAAGCUUGGUAAUGGCAACGCAAGUUCCUGGACAACGUUCUGCAUUGCAACAACGGAACUCAUUGCAUGGUCCACUGCUUCCUAACCAACCUCAGGGUGGUGCGUUUACUGGUUUGAUUAGUUCCCUCAUGGCUCAAGGUUUGAUUUCAUUGACGAAUCCAACUACCACACAGGAUUCUUUGGGCCUUGAGUUUGAUGCAGACCUCCUCAAGGUGCGACAUGAGUCUGCUAUAAGUUCUUUAUAUGCUGAUCUUCCAAGGCAGUGCACAACAUGUGGCCUUCGGUUCAAGUUCCAAGAGGAGCAUAGUACUCAUAUGGAUUGGCAUGUGACAAGAAAUCGGAUGUCUAAGAACCUUAAGCAUAAGCCUUCCCGGAAGUGGUUUGUGAGUGGUAGUAUUUGGCUUAGUGGUGCGGAAGCAUUGGGAACUAAUUCAGUUCCUGGGUUUUUCCCUACUGAGGACAUUGUAGAAAAGAAGGAUGAUGAAGAAUUGGCAGUUCCCGCUGAUGAAGAUCAGAGCAUAUGUGCAUUAUGUGGUGAGCCUUUUGAUGAUUUUUAUAGUGAUGAAACAGAGGAGUGGAUGUAUAGAGGGGCUGUCUACAUGAAUGCACCCAAUGGAUCAGUGGAAGGCAUUGAUAGAUCACAGUUAGGUCCAUAGUGCAUGCUAAAUGCAGGUCAGAAUCUAGUGUGGUUCCCCCUGAAGAUUUUGUAGGAUAUGAUGGGGGAAAUCCUGAGGACAAUACUCAAAGAAAAAGAUUGCGGAGCUAAUCUUAGUAGAUCGGCAUCUAAGCUUGGGUAACUUGGUUUGAGUUUCAUGUUAGUGGUAUGCUCUUGCUAAGUUUUAUGUUAAUGCUGGUCCUUGCAGUAGCUUGGCUACAUGCCUAAACCUUGUACAUGUAUAGUUGAACUUGUAUCAUGCACAUUAUCUUGCAGCAAAAGAGGUUACAGAUU